CAUUCUCUUUCCUCUUCUGUGUAUGAAUUUGGUCGAGUUAUCUCUGAAAUUCCAAAAUUAGCUUCGGAAUUUCGAAAAGUUCUCAUCUUUUUCAACAUUAGGGUUCCGCAAGCAUCAAGUUCCACUCUACAAUCUUCGCUUUCGAAAAUUUGGGGCUUUCGAAUUUUGAUUCAUGGGUUUCAGAGCAACAGGUGGAAUGGGCAAGGUCAUGAUCUAGGUGACACCUUUGCGGUCUCCAGGUGCAUGAGAAUUUGGUGCUUUCUGUGCUUCGGAGGCAGCGAAGAAGAAGACGGUGAGAAGCCAAAGGAAGCCAUGAAGGAGAGUGCUUUCCGCAAUGGCGGUGACGUUGAGGGGAAUUUGGGAAAUGAAGACGACCGUGAAAAUGCUGCCGCUGCUCAAUUGACUCUCGCGCUUGACGGGCAUGCGUCCGCGGAUGACUCGUUGGGGUUUUUUGAAGAGAUGAUCACGGCGAUAAAGCCUUGGGAUGAUGCUACGUGGCAGCCGCCGUUUCGCUUCUCAAGGCCUGCCGAGGGUGAGAGUAGCAGCUCGGCUUUGGCAGCGGGUACAGAGGAUGGUGAUCCCGAUUCCCAUCAUAAGCGAGCCAAAGUUUACUCUGGUUCUCAUGAAUGUCAUUUUGCUACUCCAACAUCCCCUGAUAUGGGCAAUUCUAGCCAAUCCAUUGACACAGGCUACAACAUUAGUCGCAGCUCCUCCACCCCGUGGAAUAAUGGAAAAUUUUAUCAUGUUUUCAUCUUGAAUAAUGGGGGUGAUGAGAAUCCUUUUGAUUCUAAUGGCGGGAAAGGUGGUGGAGAUGUGAGUGUUGCCUUGACAGUGGAUGAUUUAGAAGUUCGAAUGGAUCUGACAGAUGAUCUAAUGCAUAUGGUUUUCUCCUUCUUGGACCACAGUAAUCUUUGUCGAGCUGCUAUGGUUUGUAGGCAGUGGCGAGCAGCUAGUGCUCAUGAAGAUUUCUGGAGGUGUUUGAAUUUUGAAAACAGAAAUAUUUCUCUUGAACAAUUCGAGGACAUGUGUCAAAGGUAUCCAAAUGCCGUUGAAGUGAAUAUUUCUGGCACUCCGAAUUUGCACGUGCUUGUGAUGAAAGCAGUGACAUCUUUACGAAAUCUUGAGGCUUUGACUUUGGGAAAAGGCCCACUAGGGGAUAACUUCUUUCACACCUUGACAGAUUGUAAUUUCUUGAAGAGUUUGAAUGUGAAUGAUUCGGCCCUUGGUAAUGGCCAAGAGAUAUCCAUAAACCAUGAUCAAUUGCAUCACCUAAAUUUAACAAAAUGCCGUGUGAUGCGUAUAUCCAUAAGGUGUCCACAGCUAAAAGACCUAUCUUUGAAACGUAGCAACAUGGCACAAGCGGUACUCAACUGUCCUCUUUUGCAACUCCUUGAUAUAGGUGCUUGCCACAAGCUUUCAGAUGCGGCAAUUCGUUCAGCAGCAACUUCAUGCCCUCAGUUGGAUUCUUUAGACAUGACGAAUUGUUCCUCUGUUAGUGAUGAAACGUUGCGUGAAAUUGCUCUAACUUGUGCUAGUCUCCGUGUUCUUAAUGCUUCAUACUGCCCGAACGUAUCACUUGAGUCUGUACGAUUGCCAAUGUUAACAGUUCUUAAACUUGAUAGCUGUGAGGGUAUCACAUCAGCCUCAAUGGCUGCAAUAUCUCAUAGUUAUAUGUUGGAGGUUUUGGAGCUUAAUAGCUGUCAGCUAUUGACUUCUGUGUCACUUGAUCUUCCAAACUUGCAGAAUAUUCUAUUGUUUCAUUGUCGAAGGUUUACUGAUUUAAAUUUACGAACUGUGAGGCUAUCAUCGGUAAUAGUUUCCAAUUGUUCUGCACUCCAGCGUAUUAGCAUCAAUUCAAGUUUUCUUCAAAAAUUAGCACUGCGAAAGCAGGAAAACUUAACAUCUUUGGCAUUGCAAUGCCAUUCUUUGCAAGAAGUAGACCUCACAGAAUGCGAAUCUUUGACCAAUUCCAUUUGUGAAGUUUUUAACGAUGGUGGUGGUUGCCCUGUGCUCAAGUCCUUAGUUCUUGAUAACUGUGAGAGCUUGACAGCAAUUCGAUUCUGCAGCACAUCCUUAGUCAAUCUUUCCCUUGUUGGUUGCCGUGCUAUCACUGCUUUGGAGCUUGCGUGCCCUCAUCUUGAGAAAGUUUGCUUAGAUGGUUGUGAUCAUCUUGAAAGAGCAUCAUUUUCCCCUGUUGCUCUUCAAUCACUUAAUCUUGGAAUAUGCCCCAAGUUGUAUGAACUUAUAAUCGAUGCACCAUUUAUGGUCUCCCUUGAGUUGAAAGGAUGUGGUGUUUUAUCUGAAGCAUCCAUAAAUUCUCCUUACUUAACAACUCUGGAUGCUUCCUUCUGCAGCCAACUCAAGGAUGAUUGCUUGUCUGCAACAACAUCUUCUUGCCAACUGAUCGAGUCAUUGAUAUUGAUGUCUUGCCCAUCUAUCAGUUCUGAUGGACUGUACUCUUUGGACUAUCUUCCAAAUCUGACAACACUUGAUUUAUCAUACACCUUCCUGAUGAAUUUGCAGCCUGUCUUUCAGUCUUGUUUGCAACUUAAGGUGUUGAAGUUACAAGCAUGCAAAUAUUUGGCUGACUCAUCGCUGGAGCCCCUUUACAAGGAAGGUGCUCUGCCAGCACUCCAAGAAUUGGACUUGUCUUAUGGUACCCUCUGUCAAUCUGCCAUAGAGGAACUUCUUGCUUAUUGUACUCACCUAACUCAUGUGAGCUUGAAUGGUUGUGUCAAUAUGCAUGACCUGAAUUGGGGUUCUAGUGGUGGUCCUGAGCUGUUUUCCCCUGUGAAUAUCACCGAACGAAUAGAGCAUGCCAACCGGUUGCUGCAGAACCUUAACUGUGUGGGCUGUCCAAAUAUUAGGAAAGUCCUCAUUCCACCAGCAGCACGUUGUUUGCUCUUGUCAUCAUUAAAUCUUUCUCUGUCAGUAAACUUGAAGGAAGUUGAUCUUGCGUGUCUCAACUUAUCUAUUCUUAAUUUAAGCAAUUGUUGCUCUUUGGAAGUUUUGAAACUUGAUUGUCCUAGAUUGACAAGUCUCUUUCUUCAGUCUUGCAAUAUCGAUGAUGGAGCAGUUGGCACUGCCAUAUCACAUUGUUACAUGCUCGAGACUCUUGAUGUCCGCUUUUGUCCAAAGAUAUGUUCCGUGAGCUUGGGGAAGUUACGAGCAUCGUAUCCAAGUCUGAAGCGUAUAUUCAGCAGCUUGUCUCCUGCAUAAUGGGAUGCUGAAUCUUCACUUGUAGAGUGGUUGUAACUCGAUUGUUAGCAUCAAACAGGCUUGGUAUUAUUACUGUGAUUUGUUCCAUUUGUAAAUGUUUAAUCAUCUGUUCCAAUACUGGUGCUUGUUUUGGGUAUAUAUAGGCACCAGAUGUAGCUGCAUCCUCGUGUAACGAAUAAUAAAUUGUUCUAAAGCUGGUUCUUAUUAUAUUAUUAUUUUAUCCUUGUCUUGCUGUUGGAGAUAAUGAAAUUUUGGACUCAAC